AUGGACGACCCCGCCUGGGAUGCACCAAGUGUUAAGACUUUGCUACGCCUCACGAGCCAGAAACUAGGUCAAAUUCAAGACCGAAAAGAUGCCCAGAGUCAAAUUACACGACGGGAUAUUGCUACUUUGUUGCAGCAAGACAACGUUGGGCUGGCCCGAGCUAAGGCACAGAACGCCAUUCUGGAAGACUCAAAGGGGGAUCUACUAGAGCUCCUCGAGAUGUAUGUAGGGAUGCUAUUGGAGCAUUUCGGCCAGCUGGAGCAGGGCUACGGGGUUGCUUCCCCACCAGAUGGUAAAAGUCCUUCGCCUAGUCCCAUUGUUACGGAGGCGGCGUCUUCCAUAAUAUUCGCGGCACCACAUACAGAAUCCAAAGAGCUCAACACCGUACGGGAUAUCCUCAUACAACGGCUCGGGCCUGACUUCGCGCGCGCGGUGGCUGGUAAUCGCGACAAUUAUGUCCCACCAAAGGUCGUAUCUGCCCUGUCGACCCCGCCCCCAUCUGCCGCGAAGCUGGAUGAUUACCUUCUGAAUAUAGCCAAGAUAUAUCGCAUUAACUGGGAACCAGACUUGCGUCGACAGGACACUGUGGAUCCCUUGUCAGAAAUCAUGGAUCCUGAGUUGACACCGGUUGUUGACCUUCCCAGGUUGCGCAAGCUGUGCAUGCAUGGUAUCCCCGAUGAGCCUGUCUGGCUUCGUCCGCGCCUAUGGAAGCUCCUUCUUGGGUUCCUACCCGUCGUCAAAUCUUCGUGGUCAACAGAACAUCAAAAGUACCGUGAAAGUUAUUAUGAUUUGAUACGCAGACUCUUACCUCCAAUAGUAGGAUCACCGCCCCCCUUAACACCUCCCAACUCUUCCGACUCCCUUCUACUCAUGGUGCAUAAACACUUGCUCUAUGUCGCUCCCGGUUUAUUUGCCGGGCUUGAGACUGGCCCAGAAGACGUCGAACGAUGUCCUCUCGAUCCAUCGGCCCCGGAGGAUAUACAAAUCUCCUGCGCUACAGCGUUGGACGAUCGCCUAGUGAAGCUCCUUGGUCCAGCGGAGGUUGUACCGUCAACACCAGAAAUACGACUGGAGCACGACUCCAGCGACUCACCCUCGAUGUCCACUCAUGACUCUGCCGAAUCUUGGAUAAGUCGCUCGACGACGUUGCUACCCUCAAAGCCGAUCGGGAUCGCGGACGUUCAUCCUAAACACGCGUCAGCACUUCUCCGCCUGCUGUACCUUCACUGUAGUAUCAACCCCGGCACACGGUCUCCCUACGUCCCGUCGCUUCUGGUACCAAUGUAUGCGGUUAUGUGUUUCGAGGUGGAGCCUCGGGACGUCCCUCAUAUUGAGGCCGAUACCUUCUGGCUGUUCGAAGCGAUGCUAGGCGAGUUCUCGGAGUUGGAGGACGAGGAAGGCGGUCGUGUAUGGACAAAAAGGCUGAGCGAGAGGCUUACGUGGGCUGACCAGGAUUUGUCUGACACUCUGAACGCGAAAGGACUGGAUCCUGCACUCCCGCAUUAUUCCUAUCGAUGGCUGGCUCCGAUCCUAACACAAACACUGCCUCUGUCCUCUUUCAUACUCGUUUGGGAUGCUUUGUUCGCCUGCGCGAUGAGAGACAAGCAAGCGAACCCCAAGAUCGAACAUUUACUGGACAUAUGUACGGCAAUGCUAAUCAGGGCCAGGAAGCCCCUCUUCCACCUUGGUAAGGGAGUCGACCACCCGGGUUUGUGGGGCGAUGAAAGUGAUGCGAUCCCGCCUCCACCACUUCCACGAGCAUGGGAGUUUGAGGAUGCCUUUCGCGAUGGUGUUUCACUCCUACAGAACUAUCCUAUCGAGGCGGCUGGAGGCAUAGAGAGGAUCUUGCAGACUGCCGCUGAGCUGUCGAAAAGGCGGAUAGAAGAAACGAAAGCGGUCAAGUCGGAAAGUCUCACCCUCGGUGAACGAUUACGGGUGUCCAUGUGGAAGGGCUUCACCAACCAGGUUUCAUCUCCUAAUGAGUCGCCAGAACGGUCGCCUUCGCCAGAGGAACUGCAGGAAACUAGUGAAGAGGAAAGCUCUUCGGAGGACGAUGGCAACGCCACCGAGAGGCCUUCGCGGGACGAACCUCCUGCACAGGAAGGUAUUACAUCUCGCUUGGCUACCACAGUGUGGAGAGGUAUCACGAACCAGUCGUCCAUGGAACCCCCUCCGUCGCCGGUCCCGCCUCCAUCUCCCUUGGAUUCAGCCCAUGAUACGGAGUCUACACAUCCUUCAAGUGUCGGUCCAGAUACGCCAACGAGUCCUACUGGCUCAUCAGGAUUCUGGAAAUACGCAGAGAAACUUAAGGAUUCUGAUACAGUCGCAACGCUAUCAAAGGUCAGCAGCAACUGGAGAGCCAAAAGCCUGUUGGGUUCUUGGGGAUCACGGAGUACACCAAGUAGCCCCUUCCUGUCGCCUAAUUCAGCGUUGAGCGGGAGUUCGUCAAGCGAACCACCGGAGAUGCCUCCUCCCCGCGUCGACGAGUCAAGGCGCGGAUCAUUACCUCCAGCGGCGACAGUUUAUUCUCCUCCCCCUCGGCCUGCCUUCUUUCGCCAGCCGAGAGACAGUUUCCUCCCGCAUUCUCGCAAAAGCCCUCUACUCUCUCUGCCCAACAGCCCCGAAAACACUGACUCCGAAAGUAUCGGCAGGGGGCAGCGAUUGCAAGCAUCAUUGAUGGCUUUGACGAGUGGUUCCCCUGAUCCUCCCCGAAAGUCAGGUCCACGGCCCCUGCUACUUGGUUCGUCUUCCGUAGUAACAGCUUCCCCUCGUAUUCCUCGAUCUACCACGAGUACUCCUGCACCCGAAUUCCGCCCAGGACUUGAAGCCGCUAGACAUCUGCAUCGGGAUUCGCAGUCGUCUAUAUCAUCCUUCUCCUUGUCGCCGGCAGAGGGCUUCGGUCGUCUGCAUACUCAGGAACGAAGUAAUGGAUGGGAUUCAGAUACACUUAGUCGUGUUGUACCGCUGAAUCGCAAGUCAGUGUCUCCCAUGGCCCCUGGCUCUCGUAUCCUCGGCCCUCCGCCUUCGGGAUAUUCUUCCGCCUCUGAUAGAGGCGUCACUAGCCCUCCCUUAGCGACUGGAAUUCCUUCAGCAGAACAUCACGGUUGGACUCAAGUGGAUUCACCGACUGCAACGUCUGCCCCGAAGACCCCGGCCUCGACGUCUGGGGAUACCGCCAUGAUUUCUGUCGUGGAUGACUUUGACAACGGGGCUGCCCCCAUAGAGGAACACGUCGUCCAAUUUGACCAACCAACGAGGAGAAUCAUACGGAAGAAAACUCCACCCCCAUCAGCAUUCAUGGAUCAGACCUCAGACUCCUCAUCAACGCCUGCAAUACCGAGGAGUAACCGCGUAAAGAGUCGACGGUCAGCCCGACCAGGAAAUUUACGUUUACAAGAACCCACUGAACGAAGAGGCUCUAGCCCAAACAGCCUUGUGGUGGAGUGGCCAACAGAACACGACUUGGCGUCUACACCUAAAGCAUCCAACUUUGAACCUGGGUAUAAGCCCGUUUCCCCUGUGUCAGUGUCGCCUCGUUCACCUAGGCGAAUGCGCAAAGUCUCUGGAGAACUUGUUGAGCCGCGACCUCGUAAACUCUCAGCUGAGAUACCGGAAACUCGCGUUCGCAAGGUGUCUACGGGCUCUCGUGGUCGUAAAACUUCGACGGACAAGGACAUUCAUCGCAAGGAACGCGAUAGUGCAGCUGAAGAGGGUGAUGACGAAGGUUAUGAUGAUUUAUUGAGCGCAUACGAAAGUGAAGGGGGCUACAAAUCUGCUGAAUAG